GUGGCUUUUGGCCUGCUUUCCAUGACCUCAUGGGUGACCAGCCGUCACCCCCGCUCGUUGAGAUCAUGCAGCUUUUUCACGUCUUCCACGGCCGCAUGAACCCGCCGCUCGUACUGCCUCCUCAAUUCGAUCAUCUCGAGCAUGCGCUCAACCGCCUCACGACGAACUCCCUCCCGCGCAACACGGUUGACACAUCCACCGGCGCCCAUUUCUCUCGACCAUUCUCUGUCGAGGAGAUCGACGCGGUGAAGACUCACAUUCGCUCCCAUAACAAAGCGUCUGCGCGGGGUGCCGAUGGCGUGAGCUACGACGAUGUCCUCCAAAUCCCCUCCGAGCGACUCUGUGAGCUCUUCCAGGCCUACAGGACUAUCGGUCUAGAGAGCUGCCUCCUCAAAACCUUGACCCUCCUCAUUGACCGUCGCCUGCGUGCGUGGGCAGAGGACGUCGGCCGCAUCCCCGACUCACAGAACGGUUUCCGUGCGGGCCACCGCACGUUCAACAAUGCGUUCAUCCUGCGUGCGGCUAUCGAGAAGGCAAGAGCGCUGGGGAAAACUCUCUAUGUCGUUUUCCUCGAUCUCGCGAACGCCUUCCCUUCCGUCGACCAAUCUACGCUCUGGGCAAAGCUCUCUCGAUGGGGCGUUGCUGGACCCCUCAUCGAC